AUGGCAGAAGUGGAACGCGAUGUUUUUUUCCCUAUUCUCCGAUUGGUUGAGCGUGUAUCUUGGGAUCAGAUCAUAGAUGAAACCACUGUCUUAGGGGUUGCCAGUAUUGCUGCCUCUGCUGGUGCCGCUGCUGCCACUGCAGCUCCUCUGCGCCCCCAAGGUGCAGAAAGGGCGUGGGGCUGGGCCCAGAGGCGGGCCUUGCUCUCCUUCCACAAGAAGAAGAUCGUGAUCCAGGCUCAGCCUCACAGCACGCCCUGCAGCUCCCUGCUCCAAGAGUCAUCCGCGGCUCCGAGCAGGGCCUCCUGGCAGAUGUCCUCCAUGUACAUGCUGACCCCCAGCAAGUCCCUGACCCCCGAGGAGCUGGUGCUGUCGGACGCCGAGAAGGUGUACCGCGAGUGCCAGCAGGAAGGGCCGCUGACCUUUGGCCACUACCUGUCCCCGGACCGAAUCCAAAGCUGGGAAAAGAUCGGGGAGGGCGUGUUUGGCGAGGUGUUCCUGACCAUCGUGGACAGCCGCACCACGGCCUUGAAGGUCAUCGCCAUCAAGGGCGAAGAGCUCGUGAAUGGAAGCCCGCAAAAGACCUUCGGGGAAAUCCUGCCCGAGAUCAUCACCUCCAAGGAGCUGAGCCUCCUGUCCGAAGAGGCCUCCAACUGCAAGGGCUUCAUUAGCCUGUACGCCGUGCUCUGAGUGCAGGACCCCUACCCAGACGUAUUGCCCAAGGCCUGGGACGCCUUCCGCAGCCGCCGAGGCUCGGAGAACGAGCAGCCCUACGUAGUGCUGGAGUUCGAGUUUGGGGGCAUGGACCUGGAGCACAUGAGGAAGCAGCUGUCGUCUGUAACCACGGCCAAGAGCCUGCUGCACCAGGUCGCGGCUGCACUGGCGGUGGCCGAGGAGGUCCUCGGCUUUGAGCAUGGCGACCUGCACUGGGGCAGUGUGCGCUACACGCUCAACAGGCAGGCCAGCACCAUCGCCACCCACGGCAUCCACGUCAGCAUCCUCCGCUACAAGCUCUCCUGGCUGCAGAAGGAUGGCCUGGUGGUCUUCUGCGACAUCUCUCGUGAGCUCUUACAGGGCCAAGAGUUUGAAAUCUACGGGCUCAUGAAAAAGAGGAGCUGCAAUCGCUGGGCCCACUACCACCCCUACAGCAACGUGCUGUGGCUCCAUUACCUGGCGGACAAGGUCCUAAAGGAGAUGGCCUUUAAAAAGAAAGUCACCACCCGGGCGUCCAUGCACCACGUGAGGCACCAGAUCCAGGCCUUCCACGAGUCUGUGCUGGCCUUCGAUUCAGCAACGGAGCUGCUGCAGAGCCACAGCCUGUUCUGGUGA